UUUUUAAGAUCGUUGUAAGCUUAAAGCACGUCUCCUAAAAAGAAUUUUGAAGAAACCACUUUAACUUGUAUUUAGGUUGUGACGAAACCGUAAACAAACCGUAAUCUACUCAAAAUUUCUCGAUUGAAUUAUGUUUUCAUCUACAGCAUGAAAGACGAGGAAAUUUUGUCUAUGAAACAUUAGAUUUCCAAACCAAGAGUUAAAUAUGGGAUUGCUGCCAUUAGAAUACACUGAUUGUUUAUCUGACACUCCUCAUUAUAGAGAAAAUCUUCGAGCUCACGAGAAGGAGUUGGAAACAACUAGCCAAGCCAUUAAAGGUUUAAUAAAAGAGGUCAAAGAUCUUUUGGUUGCUGCAAAAACACUAUCCAAAGCUCAACGCAGUUUGGCUUCAACAUUAAUGAACUUUCAAUUGGACUGUAUUGGUUCAAGUCAAACAGAUGAUGAAAUCAUUAUUGCUGGGUCGUUAAAAGAAUUUGGACGUCUGGUCUGUGUAAUUGAAGAUGAGAGAGAUAGAAUGCUGGAUCGCGCUGAAGAGACACUAAUUAUACCUAUUGAAAAUUUUCGAAAAGAAAACAUAGGAGCGGCAAAGGAAGGAAAAAAGAAAUUCGACAAAGGAACUGCAAAGUUCUGCCAAUCAUUAGAACGGCACCUAAAUUUGUCAUUGAAAAAAGGAGAAAGUCACUUACAAGAGGCUGAUGCUACUCUAGAAAUGGAGCAACGACAUUUCUUUCAAGCUUCAUUAGAAUAUGCUUCUUUGUUAAUGAAAAUUCAAGAAAAAAAGAAAUUUGAAUUUGUAGAAACAAUUCUCAGUUUCAUGGCUGGCCUAAUGACAUUUUAUCAUCAAGGCUAUGAAGUGGCUAAUGAAUUUAAACCAUUUAUGACAGAUCUGCAACGACGACUUCAAAGAACAAGAGAUAAUUUUAAUGCUACAGACAAAGAAGCUGAACAACUAAAAAGAAAAACUUUAGAAAAAGCUCAAGACCCAGGUACAUUAAAUAAAAUGUAUACAAGACAGGGCUAUCUCUUCUUACAAGAAAAGAAAGCUUUAGGAUCCACCUGGUCUAAACAUUUUUGCCAAUAUCAAAAGUACCAAAAGAAAUUUUCAUUGAUGCCAUAUUCACAAACCAUUGGAAAAAUAAUGAAUGGAGAAACUAUUACUGUUAAAGAAUGUAUUGGACGACAGUAUGAUUCUAUAGACAAAAGGUUUUGCUUUGACAUAUUUGCAGAAGAUAAACCUGUGCCAUAUACAUUUCAAGCUCUAUCUGAUGAGGACAAGCGAUUGUGGUUAGAUGCAAUGGAUGGUAAAGAACCAAUCCAGUACACACCUGGAAAAAAUCCUAAGCAAGAUGUUUAUGCUCUUGAUGAAAGUGGAUUUUCAUUUGUCCAGUGGUGCAUAAAUUUCAUUGAAUCAAAGGGACUGCAAGAUCAAGGCUUGUAUCGACUUGUGGGUGUUAAUUCCAAAGUUUUAAAAUUAACACAGCUAGCUCUAGAAAAUAAAGGAAAUAACUUGAUCAGUGUAGAUGACGAAGAAUGUGAAUUAAAAACUGUCACUAGUGCACUAAAAAACUUUUUCAGGAAUCUUCCUGAACCUCUACUUACAUUCCGAUUGCAUGGUGCAUUUAUUGCUGCAGCAAAACAAGAAAAUAGGAUUUUAAGAAUUAAUAACAUUCAUUCCUUAGUCCAUUCCCUGCCUAAACCAAAUUUCAAAAUGUUGGAGCUUCUAACUAGUCAUCUGUGCAAAAUAGCAAAAUUGUCUCACAAGAACCUGAUGACAAUUUCUAAUCUGGGUAUAUGCUUUGGUCCUACUUUAUUGCGUCCUGAGGAAGAAACUGUUGCGGCUAUAAUGGAGAUAAAAUUUGGAAAUGUUGUAGUUGAAAUUCUCAUAGAAAAUUAUGAUAAGAUUUUUAAAACAUUACCAGAUGGGGAUUUAGUUCGCCGCCAGCCUCCACCUUACAUUCCUCCUCCUCCACCCAAUAGAAAAGAAACUUCUCCUCUGCCACCGUCACUUAGGAAUAGAUCUUCUUUGAUGGAUACAAAGAAUGUAUCAUUUAAUAUGACUAAUUAUGCACCUAAUCAAUCAAGUUAUUCCCCUUCUGAUCAAAAACAAAGAACAGGAAUGAUGCUCUAUAAUCCAAUUUGGAACAAUGGUUUACCUCUGAAUGACAGUAUUGAAAGUGUAGUCUCCCGCACUAUAGAACCAUCUCUUCCAAUCGAACAGAAAAACUAUCCAUAUUAUCCAGGUUGGAAUAAUGAAAGUGGGUUACCUCGAACAAUUGGAACGAAUUCCUCAGAUAUAGGUUCUCAAGAAAUAUUUGCACCUAAUGAUACAUUGUCCACAUCUGUGAAAGUAAGGACUCUAUAUGCUUGUAGAGGUGAAAAUGAAAUGGAACUUUCGUUUGAACCCAAUGAAGUUAUUUAUAAUGUUUCCCCUUCUCAAGAGCCAGGAUGGAUACGAGGAACCUUAAAAGGUAAAACAGGAUUAGUACCAGAAAAUUAUGUGGAAUAUAUUACUUGAUGUUCUGACUGUGUGAAUAAAAUGAAGAAUUCCUGAUAUUUUUUAUCAUGUUGCCUAUUAUUAUGAAAAAUAAUUUGCAGCAUAACUAGCUCAACAACAGUGUAUCAUGUAAAUUUGUAAACUUUUUAGUAGAGAUAUAAGCAUUCCAGAUGUAUAGAAAAUAUUAUCUUGUGUACCACCAAAGUAUUAUUUAUGACUAUAAAUUAUUUUAUACAUUUU